AGAGACUCGCUCCUUUCCACAUCCAUUUCUCCAGUGGAGAGAAGAAAACACAACUGGGAAGGAGAGAGAGAGAGAGAAAGAGGGCGCCUUCUCUCUCCAUACUCAUCUCUUAAAGGGAAGGAAGGAAACCCAAUUGGGAAGCAGAGAGAAAAGGCUCCUUUUCGCUCUUCAUUCAGCGGAGAAAACCCAUCUGGGAAGAAGAGAGAAAGUGAGAGGUGGUUUUCAGACUAGUAAGGAAGCGAGACUUCAGUCGAAGGGGCUCAUCAAAGAGGACGGACCGCUCCGCUUUGUAUUACUGCUCCCAAAGGCACGAGUGGUGUUGUUGUGAACACCGUGAAGCCACGAUGCGCCUCUUCUCCCGGCUUCUCUGUUGGCUCGGCCUCUUCUGGCUCCAAGCGGAGGGAUUGCCUCCUCCGAGGAACCCCGCUCCUCCUCCUCCUCCCCCGGCGGUGUGGCAGCAGCGGAUUCAGUGGGAGAACAACGGGCAGGUGUACAGCCUCCUCAGCGUGGGCUCCCAGUACCAGCCCCCGCGGAGGAGGCACAGCUCGGAGGCGCCGCAAGGCAACCACGUCCUGCUGCUCCGGGGGAACGGGACGGCCCCGCGCAGGGCUGCGCCUCCCGCCUCGCCGCCCUCCCUCGCCCCCGACGCCCAGGGGCAAGAGCCGCGCCUUUGGUUCCAAGCCGGAGGAGGAGGAGGAGCGGGGAGAGCGCCGCCGCCCGAGAGUGCCUCCUCCCGGCCGGGCAACAACAACACCAGCAGCAGCAGCAGUAAUGCGCCUCCACUGAACAGCUUGCCCCGCCGCCGCGAUGACGUGAUGCAAGGCGACGACCCCUACAACCCUUACAAGUACACCGACGACAACCCGUAUUACAACUACCACGACACCUACGAGAGGCCCCGGCAGAGCAGCCGGUACCGGCCCGGUUAUGGCACGGGGUACUUCCAGUAUGGUCUUCCUGAUUUAGUUCCAGAUCCCUAUUACAUCCAAGCAUCCACCUAUGUCCAGAGGACAUCCAUGUACAACCUUAGGUGUGCUGCUGAGGAGAACUGCCUGGCAAGCUCUGCUUACCGGGGAGAUGUUAGAGAUUAUGACAACAGAGUACUUCUGAGAUUCCCUCAAAGAGUGAAAAACCAAGGCACUUCGGAUUUUUUGCCAAGCCGACCACGAUACUCAUGGGAGUGGCACAGCUGCCAUCAACAUUAUCACAGUAUGGAUGAAUUCAGUCAUUACGACUUACUUGAAGCAAGCUCACACAGAAGGGUAGCUGAGGGACAUAAAGCAAGCUUUUGUCUUGAAGAUACAUCUUGUGAUUAUGGAUAUUAUAGGAGAUAUGCAUGUACUGCGCAUACCCAGGGACUGAGUCCUGGAUGUUAUGACACAUACAAUGCUGACAUAGACUGCCAAUGGAUUGAUAUUACAGAUGUAAAACCUGGAAAUUACAUUUUAAAGGUUAGUGUGAAUCCUAGCUACUUGGUACCAGAAUCAGACUAUUCCAACAAUAUAGUGCGUUGUGAUAUCCGCUAUACAGGCCACCAUGCAUAUGCCUCUGGUUGUACAAUUUCUCCAUACUAAGCUGAAAGAAAAUUUAUGAAUCGGUGCCCAUUGUUGCAAAACAAUUAUUUUAUAAACUGAGAUAGGAUGUAAAAACUUUUGAAAACGUAAAAAGAAGCAGAGUAUAUACAAAGAAUUUUAAUGCAAGUCUGAAGCAUUAAGACCUCCUUUGGAAUAAAUUGUGUUACUCAAUUAACACAUUCAGCAUUUGAGAGCAGUGAAAGAUUGGUGCUUUAAACUCAGAAAUUUGAAUUCUCCAGGAAGUUCUACUGUUCACAGAAAUGUCUUCCCUUUGACCACUGGAAAUCAGUACGCUAUCUGUGAAUGUGUUUUAAGAACAAUUUAAAAGAGUGUUUGAAUAGGCUGAGAUUCUAUAGGUUUCAUCUGAUGUUUCAUGUUUGCCCGAUGGAAGCUAAUAUGCUGUUUUUAAGAGGGGAUUUUUCCUGUCUAAUUUCACAAAAUUGCUUUUGAUAGUCCCCCUUUUAGGUUUUUUUUUUUUUUUUGCUAUAGCCUUUUUGAGAUCAUGGAAGUAAUGUUAUAUUGAUUUGGAGUGUAAUUAUAUUAAAAAAAUAGGAAAUCUCAGUGAUCAUGUGGCAAAACCUGAACCAGCUGGUGAUCGAAACUUCCAUCACUAUUUUUUUAAGUGGGUUAUAAAAGGGUUUAUGGUGCUUUAAUGCUUUGUGAAAAAGAACACUUGGGAUUUGAAUGAACUGGAUUAAAGCUGGGUAUGUGUACCAUGGAAAAAUAUCAAAGUUUACAAACUAGAUGUCCUGGUAUCUUUCAUUAUUUGAAGUAAAUCAAAUCACUGCUUAUAAUAGAAGAUAGAUUGUUUAAAAGAUCAAUAGUAAUAUAUCCAAGUGGUGUCCUACAGCAAGCCUAAGAAGCCUGGAAUUUCUGAAUGAUAAUAUAUGUUCUUCAGGAACUCAAAAGUACUGUACCCAAAUUGUCUGUUUAGAUAGAUGGAAUGAGUUAUUUAAAAACUACACACAAUACUAUAGUAGGAUGAUUCCUGACAUAGGUGAUAGCAUGUACUGGUGGUUUAGUGGACAAACCAGAAAUAUUUAGAGGUAAAUUACUUAUAUGUAAAAGAAUUGUUCCCUCUUUUGCUGAAACUCAGUUUAUCCAUUAAAUAUCCCCAUGAGAAAUAUUUUAUAUCAAUAGGAGUCUUCUCCCCACUAGCAGUUUGCUGAAAGGGCCUUCUAAAUAGUUGCUGGCUGUGCUAGAUAAAACUAGGAAAACUGCUUAAUUUUUGAUUGCAUUCUAUAGUGUUUAUGUCCUUUUGGCUGGCAAUUGAUGUCAACUCCAUGAAUUUCAUAAAGUUUAGUCCAAGAACACUCAGCUGAUUUUGCCUGUCCCUUUCUUGGAAAUACAGCCUAUAGCACAAUUUGUCAAAAGUGACACAGGAAACUUGAAAUAUAAUUUAUUUCUUAAUUUCUUUCCUGGAUUCAAUUGAUGGUUUGGCUUCUGAGCAAUAAAUAUUUUUAGAUCAUCUGGGUGAAUCCCAGACAUCUGUAGACUAUUGUCUAUAACUAAAAUGUCAGUCACACAUAAUUCUACUUGCACCAAGGGAGUUUCUUUCCUUCCGCCUUGUCCCAAAUCUGUUCUUCUACCAUAAGCCUGCAAAGCAAACUAUAGUAGCACAAUAGGCACAAUACAGCAGGAAUCAAUUCCACCAGCAAACAAGCAUAGCUGGAUUUCACACUCUGUUAGUACUGAAACUUGUUUUAUUCCUCAGAUUUGGGGCAAGAACACACUUUUUGAUUUGUCUGAUAUGACUGAUUUUGAGAGAUUUUGUUCUUUCAACUUGUCAGUGAUGCCAUAUCUGAUGGUUAUCAUGUGUACUGAACUAUCAGACAUCGCAUGUAGCUAUUCCUUAUUACAAACUGUUGUGACUUCGUACUAUGGAAAUCUGGGAAUUUAGGAUUGGGGAGGGACUUACAAUUAUCUAGCCCACUUCCACACACUAUAUUAAAAAAGUUUUUUGGUAGGGGGAUAUAAAAAACUACAAAUCUCAGGAUUCCAUGACAGCAGAAUUGAUUUCAAAUUUUCCCCUUUCAACAGUAUGCAUUAGCAUAUGCCAACAAUCAUAGUUCGUCUACAAUACAUAUAGAUGUUACAAAGCUUGCUUGCACAAAAGAAGUGCUAUUGUGGCAACAACAGGAAAAAUGGCUAGCAAUAAGGAGCUGGUGACUAUUGAGAGGAGCAGAGUCUCAGCAAAGCUGAUAGCUCCAUGUUGGCAGCUAAAGUGGUAGGAAUGGCCUGCCAGCUGCUUUGAAUAACUAUGCUAUACAGGUUACUUACAAAAUGCCCCUUCUCUGUUGUUAAUUUUUGGACAGAAUUAUUUAACACUUUUGGAUUCAUCCCCCAGUUGGGAUGUCCAUUGUCAAAAUUAUUCUAAUAUGAAAAUACUAUUUUAGAAAUAAUCACUGUAAUGUGGAAAUCUUCCUGUGGUACCUAGAAGACAGAAGAAUCAACGGAUCACAUCUUAUAAUAAUCAUCAGAUCUAUUAACUUCCCAGCUGGAUAACACACCUAACAUGAAGAUCGGUCACAAAACUACUUUUUUCACUCUGUUUCCCAAAUUGGCUUGUAUUUAUGUAGAACACUGCCAUUCCAAGCAUUUUAUGAUCCUUGAUUAAACCUAAGGGAUUUCUGAUGGUAAAAUAUAAUGAGCAUUUUUCCCAGUCAGCCUCUAUUCAUUCCUAUAAUGUUUGUUGGACUUAACUGAAGUGGUAUGUGCAUAUCAUUAAGUGCCUUACAAUAGCAAAAACAUUUGUUUCACAUUCCAGAUAUUACAAUGGUGCUUACAGAUUUUAACUUGAAUAAAACAGUUUGCUACCAGGAACUUUAUAAGCAACCAAAUAUUACAAAUUCAAUGAAAAGUCACUUGUACCUUCUUGAAGGAUGAAAAAGUUUUUUACUGCAGUUCUUCAAAGACCUUUUAAAAAUCUAUGCAUCUUUCUCUGAAAAGUUAUUUAUAAUUAUUAGUACACUAGCUUUGUAUUCUUCAAUGCACUUCCAUAUUCUUGUGUUACAUUCUUGUAUCAUGGUGGCAAAUUUCUGUGAAAACGAACUGAAUAAAAAUGUUUCAAAUGCUCAGAA